AUGACGCGAUUUUUACAAGAUAAUCUGAAUAGAUGUGCCUUGGCGCAGAAUCUACUGCGCCAACGUAUCUUCGAAGAAAAGAUCGAUAUUUGCCUUCUCUGCGAGCAAUAUAUGAAUAUUCAAGAUAAAUCAUGGUUCGCAGAUAAAUCUAGUACGGCAGCAAUAUGGAUCAUAAACUCGAAGGAGGUCACCGUCAAUGAAAACGGAAGCGAAGAGGGUUUCGUCUGGAUCAAGACUCCCACGACCUACUGUGUGAGCGUCUACCUUUCACCAAAUGAAAGAAUUAGCGUAUUUCGCCAGAAAAUGGCAAGCAUAGAAGACACUCUCGGCAAGUUCGACGGAGAAGUCAUUGUAGCUGGCAAUUUCAACGCAAAAUCGGCUGAAUGGGGCGCCGAAUACUCAGACAACAGAGGAAAUGACGUGGCAGACUUUGCAGCAAGAUUGGGCCUUACUGUGCUAAAUACUGGAAGUAUUACAACUUUUAGAAGACCAGGAUAUAAGGAAUCUAUUCUCGACAUUACGUUGGUCACUCCAGGUAUAGCAAACAUGAUUGGAGACUGGACUGUAUCUGAAGAGCGGCAGAGCAUGUAA